AGCAGCCAAAAGUGUCAGGAAAUUACUCCAGCUUUGUGUCUUCACUGGAUUGCUCAACUCCAAAUGUUUUUCUGAUUGUUUCAGGAGUAAAAGUUCCUCGUAAUUUUCGUCUUUUGGAAGAACUUGAAGAAGGUCAGAAAGGAGUAGGUGAUGGAACAGUUAGCUGGGGCCUUGAAGAUGAUGAAGAUAUGACACUCACAAGAUGGACAGGAAUGAUUAUUGGGCCUCCAAGAACAAUUUAUGAAAACAGAAUAUACAGCCUUAAAAUAGAAUGUGGGCCUAAGUAUCCAGAAGCACCUCCAUUUGUCAGAUUUGUAACAAAAAUUAACAUGAAUGGAGUAAAUAGUUCUAAUGGAGUGGUGGACCCCAGAGCCAUAUCAGUCCUAGGAAAAUGGCAGAAUUCUUAUAGUAUCAAAGUUGUUCUGCAAGAGCUUCGGCGUCUAAUGAUGUCUAAAGAAAAUAUGAAACUUCCUCAGCCACCUGAAGGACAAUGUUACAGCAAUUAAUUAAAAAACAAACCAACAUGCCCCCCCUGUUCAAUUUAAGCUGUCUUCAUUUUCCACAGUAGUAAAUUUUCUAGAUGCAUCUUGUAGACCUCAGAAUACUGGAAAGGAAGUUCCCAUUCAAAGGAAGUUUUUCUUGAGAUACUGUAAAUGAUACUAAUUUUUUUUUUCAUUUGAAAUAUAAGUUGUGCUAUAACAAAUAAUCCUGUUGUGUAACCACUGUCCACAUAGCUGAACUUCUGCUGUCAGGAAAAGUCUAUUUAAAUUUAUUCCUGUCCAGACCAGUGUGGCACAUCCAACAUAACUGUGAAAGGAUCCAUCCCACAAUCAC